ACCCCGGCCCCCGGGAGAGCAAGCCGGGCGGCCUGCCCCGCCGGAGCAGCAUCAUCAAGGAUGGCUCGAAGCAGAAAAGAGAGCGGAAGAAGACGGUCUCGUUCAGCAGCAUGCCCACAGAGAAGAAGAUCAGCAGUGCCAGUGACUGUAUCAAUUCCAUGGUGGAGGGUUCCGAACUCAAAAAGGUUCGGUCCAACUCUCGAAUUUACCACCGCUAUUUCUUACUGGAUGCCGACAUGCAGAGUCUGAGGUGGGAGCCAUCCAAGAAGGAUUCCGAGAAAGCCAAGAUUGACAUUAAGUCCAUCAAGGAAGUGCGAACAGGGAAAAAUACCGACAUCUUCCGCAGCAACGGCAUUUCGGACCAGAUAUCGGAGGAUUGUGCAUUUUCGGUCAUCUACGGGGAGAAUUACGAGUCACUGGAUUUGGUCGCCAAUUCUGCCGAUGUUGCCAACAUCUGGGUUACUGGACUUCGGUACCUAAUCUCCUAUGGAAAACAUACACUUGAUAUGUUAGAAAGUAGCCAAGACAACAUGAGGACUUCUUGGGUGUCGCAGAUGUUUAGCGAGAUUGAUCUAGAUAACCUGGGGCACGUCACGCUGUGUAACGCUGUGCAGUGUAUCAGAACACUCAAUCCUGGUUUGAAAAUGAGCAAAAUUGAGCUAAAGUUCAAAGAACUACACAAGUCCAAGGACAAGGCUGGUACGGAAGUCAUAAAGGAAGAGUUUAUUGAAGUUUUCCACGAGCUUUGUACUAGACCUGAAAUUUAUUUCCUUUUAGUUCAGUUUUCCAGCAAUAAAGAAUUCCUCGAUACCAAGGACCUUAUGAUGUUUCUUGAGGCAGAACAGGGGUUGGCACACAUAAACGAGGAAAUAAGCCUUGAAAUCAUCCACAAAUACGAGCCAUCCAAAGAGGGCCAGGGCCAGGGCUGGCUCUCCAUAGACGGGUUCACAAAUUACCUUAUGUCACCGGACUGUUACAUAUUUGAUCCGGAACAGAAGAAGGUAUGUCAGGAUAUGAAGCAGCCUUUGUCUCAUUACUUUAUAAACUCAUCUCACAACACAUACUUAAUAGAGGAUCAGUUCCGGGGUCCCUCCGAUAUCACAGGAUACAUCCGAGCUCUUAAAAUGGGUUGCCGGAGUGUUGAAUUAGAUGUCUGGGACGGGCCGGAUAACGAGCCUGUUAUUUACACGGGCCACACCAUGACCUCCCAGAUUGUCUUCCGCAGCGUCAUUGACAUCAUCAACAAGUAUGCAUUCUCUGCUUCAGAGUAUCCUCUGAUUCUGUGCUUAGAAAACCACUGUUCUGUUAAACAGCAGAAGGUAAUGGUUCAACACAUGAGGAAAAUCUUAGGAGACCAGCUGUAUACCACAUCGCCUAAUGUGGAGGACUCUUACCUGCCAUCCCCAGACGUCCUCAAAAGGAAAAUCCUGAUUAAGGCAAAGAAGCUGUCCUCCAAUUGCUCUGGAGUCGAAGGAGAUGUCACCGACGAAGACGAAGGAGCGGAGAUGUCCCAGAGAAUGGGGAAAGAGAGCUUGGAGCAGCCACCCAACCAUGUGCCUGGGAGGCGGUUUCAGCUUUGCAAAGAGCUCUCCGAGCUGGUCAGCAUCUGUAAGUCAGUUCAGUUCAAAGACUUCCAGGUGUCCUUUCAGGCUCAGAAGUACUGGGAAGUCUGUUCCUUUAAUGAAGUGCUUGCCAGCAAAUACGCCAACGAGAACCCAGGGGACUUUGUAAAUUACAACAAGCGUUUCCUGGCUCGGGUGUUUCCCAGCCCAAUGAGAAUUGACUCUAGCAACAUGAACCCUCAAGAUUUUUGGAAAUGUGGUUGUCAGAUCGUAGCCAUGAACUUUCAGACGCCAGGGCUGAUGAUGGACCUGAACAUCGGCUGGUUUAGGCAGAACGGGAACUGUGGCUACGUCCUCCGGCCAGCCAUCAUGAGGGAGGAAGUCUCCUUCUUCAGCGCCAACACCAAGGACUCCGUGCCCGGAGUCUCGCCUCAGCUUCUCCACAUUAAAAUCAUCAGCGGGCAGAACUUUCCCAAGCCCAAGGGAUCAGGUGCCAAAGGUGACGUGGUGGAUCCUUACGUCUAUGUUGAGAUCCACGGCAUCCCCGCCGACUGUGCCGAGCAAAAGACCAAAACGGUGCACCAGAACGGAGACACUCCCAUCUUCGACGAGAGCUUUGAGUUUCAGAUCAACCUCCCUGAACUGGCCAUGGUACGCUUUGUAGUGCUAGACGAUGAUUACAUCGGGGAUGAAUUUAUCGGUCAGUACACCAUCCCCUUCGAAUGUUUACAGACGGGCUACCGCCACGUGCCCCUGCAGUCGCUGACAGGGGAGGUCCUCGCCCACGCGUCCUUGUUUGUGCACGUGGCCAUCACCAACCGGAGAGGAGGAGGGAAACCUCACAAGAGGGGCCUGUCGGUGAGGAAAGGGAAGAAAUCCAGGGAAUAUGCUUCCCUGAGGACACUGUGGAUUAAAACCAUAGACGAGGUGUUCAAGACCGCCCAGCCCCCCAUCCGGGAUGCCACGGAUCUGCGGGAGAAUAUGCAGAACGCAGUGGCGUCCUUCAAGGAGCUGUGUGGCCUCUCCUCCGUGGCCAAUCUCAUGCAGUGCAUGCUGGCAGUGGCCCCCCGCUUCCUGGGGCCUGACAACGCCCCCCUGGUGGUGCUGAACCUCAGCGAGCAAUACCCCACAAUGGAGCUUCAGGGAAUCGUGCCCGAGGUGCUGAAGAAGAUCGUAACGACCUAUGAUACGAUGAUUCAGUCCCUCAAGGCAUUGAUUGAAAAUGCAGAUGCUGUGUAUGAGAAGAUUGUACAUUGUCAGAAGGCAGCCAUGGAAUUCCACGAACACUUGCACACCAUAGGCACAAAGGAAGGUCUGAAGGAACGAAAGCUACAGAAAGCAGUGGAGAGCUUUACCUGGAACAUCACCAUCUUAAAGGGACAGGCGGAUCUCCUGAAGUACGCGAAGAACGAGACCUUGGACAACCUGAAGCAAAUCCAUUACGCUGCUGUCUCCUGUGGGCUGAAUAAGCCAGGCACUGAAAACGCCGACCUUCAGAAGCCACGCCGGAGCCUGGAAGUCAUACCUGAAAAAGCAAAUGAUGAAACUGGAGAAUGAAGGAACUUUCUAGAAAUCAUCUAGGACCAACUGUCGUCCAAUGGAACAUUUGCUUUGCACUCACUAAUGAAAAUAAUAUUUGGAAUUUUAAAGCACAACUGGAAUAGCUAAUAACAGUCUAUUAAAACUGUGAAUGUAUGUAGCAGUCCUGCGUGUGAAGGCAAAUAAACUCCUCAACGAGAAAUUAUCUUCCCGGCCAAAAUAUGCUAUAUUUGUACACAAAGACACCUAACUCCGUUCUGAUAUGAAGAACAUGAUUCACUCUAGUUCCAUUGAGCAACACGUUUUCCUGACUGAAACUUAUUUCCUGGGAUGGAAAUGGAUUGGAUUGUGCCAUGAGUAUUUAUUGGAGAGAAAGAGCCGACAUGUGAAUCUGCCCAUUGUGCUUCGGUGGGUGCCAGGGACUCGGGGCUCCAUCAGUGAUUUGGGUGGUGUGCUCGCUGCGCCAUAAUUGCUGAGAAGAAUGUAGCGGGCCCGGCGGGGUCCCCGAGUUCCCGGGGCCCCCUGGAGAGCCAUCACUGACCAGGAAGCGUGCAAGCCGACUGAAGCUCCGGGCUGCAGGCACGUGCCGUGUCAGCAGGCGGGGAUCCACACCACGUCCAAGCAGUCCAUCUGGAAACAACGCAUUGUGAAUAGUUUUUCAUCGUGUGAAGUAGUGUUCACAUUAAAAAGAUGUUUUCUGAUACUUCUCCA